AAGAAGUCCACUAGUAUGGAGUAUCCUUCUCCCCCAGGAGCUUACAUCUCACUCCCAGGGGCCCUGCAAGCAGGCCAUGGUAACAUAUAUCCCAAAAUAUGCCCCCUACUUGUAUAUUGCCUCCCUCUCCACCACACUUCUGUUUCGCACCGUAUCCCACUUAAUAACCUUCCAGAUUACGACCACCACAUACACCUUGUACUCUAGUAUAGAGAGACACUAGCUCGAGGGAAG